AUGUCCGCCACGAAACCCUCAGUGGUUCACGAGGCCCAUGAGGUCGACACUUUCCAUGUCCCUCAAGCUUUCCACGACAAGCAUCCCACCGGAACACAUUUGAAGGAUCUCGAUGAGUACAAGACACUAUACGAAGAGUCCAUUCGCAGCCCCGACACCUUCUGGGCUCGCAUGGCUCGGGAUCUUCUCACUUUUGAGCGUGAUUUCCAGACUACUCGCGCCGGUUCAUUAGAGAACGGUGACACCUCAUGGUUCGUGGAGGGUCGCCUGAAUGCCUCUUUCAACUGCGUCGAUCGACAUGCUUUCAAGGACCCUAACAAGGUUGCCAUCAUUUACGAGGCCGAUGAGCCCAACGAGGGCCGCAAAAUUACAUACGGAGAGCUUCUACGUGAGGUAUCACGAGUCGCCUGGGCUCUGAAGCGGCGUGGUGUGAAGAAAGGUGACACAGUUGCCAUCUACCUACCCAUGAUUCCUGAGGCUGUUGUUGCCUUCCUGGCUUGCUCCCGUAUUGGUGCCGUUCACUCUGUCGUUUUCGCCGGUUUCUCCUCCGACUCGCUGCGGGACCGUGUAAUUGAUGCCCAGUCUAAGGUGGUCAUCACCUCUGACGAGGGUAAGCGUGGUGGCAAGGUCAUCGGUACUAAGCGCAUUGUCGACGAGGCUCUGAAGCAGUGCCCCGAUGUUUCCACCGUGCUUGUGUACAAGCGCACCGGUGCCGAGGUACCCUGGACCGAAGGCCGUGAUCUUUGGUGGCACGAGGAGGUCGAGAAGUACCCCAACUAUAUUGCCCCCGAGUCAAUGAGCUCAGAAGACCCGCUUUUCCUUCUCUACACCUCCGGUUCCACUGGAAAGCCCAAAGGUGUUUUGCACACUACUGCCGGCUAUCUGCUCGGAGCCGCCAUGACUGGAAAAUAUGUCUUUGACAUCCACGAAGAUGACCGAUACUUCUGCGGUGGCGAUGUGGGCUGGAUUACUGGCCACACAUACGUCGUUUACGCCCCGCUCCUGUUGGGUUGUGCCACCGUUGUUUUUGAGAGCACCCCCGCCUACCCCAACUUCUCCCGCUACUGGGACGUUAUCGAUAAGUACGAUGUCACACAGUUCUACGUUGCGCCCACUGCCCUUCGCUUGUUGAAGCGGGCUGGCGAUGAGCACAUACACCAUAAAAUGAAGUCUCUGCGUAUUCUGGGUUCCGUUGGAGAACCCAUUGCUGCAGAUAUUUGGAAGUGGUACUUUGAGGCGGUUGGAAAGGAGGAGGCUCACAUUUGCGAUACAUACUGGCAGACUGAGACUGGCUCCAAUGUCAUUACUCCUCUGGGUGGUGUGACUCCCACAAAACCCGGCAGUGCUUCUCUUCCCUUCUUUGGUAUUGAGCCUGUUAUUAUUGACCCAAUUUCCGGCGAGGAGAUUAUUGGCAACGAUGUCGAGGGUGUAUUGGCAUUCAAACAACCUUGGCCUAGCAUGGCACGCACCGUUUGGGGUGCGCACAAGCGUUACAUGGAUACCUACCUGAACGUUUACAAGGGCUACUACUUCACUGGAGAUGGCGCUGGUCGCGAUCACGAUGGCUACUACUGGAUCCGUGGCCGUGUGGAUGACGUUGUCAAUGUAUCUGGCCACCGUCUUUCCACUGCUGAAAUUGAGGCCGCCCUGAUUGAGCACCCUAUGGUUGCCGAAGCUGCCGUUGUCGGUAUUGCCGAUGAGCUCACUGGCCAGGCAGUCAACGCCUUUGUCGCCCUCAAGGAGGGCAAUGAGACCAACGACCAAGUUCGCAAGGAUCUCAUGAUGCAGGUCCGCAAGUCAAUCGGUCCAUUUGCCGCUCCUAAGGCUGUUUUCGUUGUCGAGGAUCUCCCCAAGACUCGAAGUGGCAAGAUUAUGCGCCGUAUUUUGCGCAAGAUUCUCAGUGGUGAGGAGGACAGCUUGGGUGACAUCUCAACACUGUCUGACCCCAGUGUGGUCGAAAAUAUCAUUGCGACUGUCCACGCUGCUCGUCAGAAGUAA